AUGACUAUCCAGGUCACGCUAGGCACUCUAAUGUCAACAUACAUCCCAGUACCCUCGGUCCCGCAAAUAGUAUCGGAAUGGGCCUCUUUGAUUCCUCUGGCCUGCCAUCUCGCUAGUCCCCAAGAUGAUCACUUUACCUCGGGCGAUGUGUCUCUACAUGGGCGAAUUUCAUUAAUUCUAUUUCCCCGCCUUGGGACUUUGUGGGGGCUAGGAAGGCUCUUCAGCAAAGGUUCGAACUAUUUUGAUUACGCGAGCGUCAAAGGAGGCGCUGCUCGAACAGUAUGGGAUGUCAAUUGGGGAUCCGAAUUCCCCUGCGCAAACGGUGCUGCAAGUGCAGCAAUUGAAGAUUUCGCCCUUGGGCGUCUUACGGACCAAACAGGGGUGAUACCAAAGCUUCCAAUCCCUAUUCCAGAUAGCUAUGUCACCGCUAGCUCCCCAGAAACAUCUCUAAACAAUGGGUCAGAUGAGGCCCCAAAGAUUCGCAAACAAAUAUUGCAUGUCUACCAGUUUCGGUUCUGUCAGCCCCGACGGUCGAUACGAUUUAAAGUCGACAGUUUUAUAAGAUCAAGGAUUCCUACUGCACUCAUUUCCAUUAUCCUUUGCGGCAUUUCAGUUAUAUUCGGUCUUGUUGGCGCGUAUGGAAGCGCUGGCCUCAUCUUGAUCACCGCAAUCUCCAGACUGGUUGCCUGGGCCAUAGUCAUUCCUCGAAGCGCUGGGUAUCUGAGCAACAACGAAAAACAUGACAUUGCAUACAUGUUAACGGCAUCACACGUCAACGCCACGGAGUGGAGUCUAUACACUGGAGAUCGCGCAAUUGUUGACACCUUGCUCAAUAAGCCGAUGGUUCAUUUCCCAGAAGGUAAACAAGCACAGUUAGCAGCUCGCUGGUUUUACUUCGCACAUGCACUUCAACUUGUCGCAAUCACAUACGUGGCGGCACAGAAAGGCUGGGAUGGUAUAUUCUUAGUGUGUGUCCUUUUUGUUCACAAUAUUUACAGUUGGACACUUUGCGGCAAUGCAAAAGCUGCUGACUGGAUGGCCCGAGAGGGUAUUGAGGUCAAAGUGAAGAGCUAUGAGUUUGGCUGGCGAACUGCUAUGCUAGGUUGUAUACAGGUAUUCAGCGAGUCAAAGGUCACCCGCUGGAUGGAUUCGAUAGUGGUUCCACAUGUGCGACGUGACGCCUUUCUCGGAGUUAUUCAGGGAAAGGAAUUGGAGAAUUGCUUAGAAGUCCAGCUUGAUGAGUAUGAUCUGAACUGGAUUAAUAACGCAGCGUCACUAUCCGUUCAGGGAGGAGAGGCAUUAAAGCGUGAUUUCGGUGUUGGCAAGUGA